ACACCAGGGCUGCCUGCACCCGGCUCAGCAGCGGCUCAUAGGGCCCCAGCACAUCCAACAGGGCCCGCUGCACCGCCUCCACCUGCCGAUCCCGCUCGCCGCCGCCGGACAUCGCGCCGCGGCUCCUGAAGGCUGGCACCGGCCGCUGCUCAGCUCCCGGGCCGGCCGCAGCGGCCGCCGCCGCCGACUCCCCGGCCUCCGCCAUCUCCCUCCAGGAGCCACAACAUCCGGGGCCGCAGCCCUGUAGGUGACAAAACACAAACUGCGCAGGCGCCGGGACCCUCGGCAGCCUGCUUUCCUAGUGCGCCUGCGCCCCAACCCCGGCUAAGGAUCGUCGCUGAGGAAAUUGCAGAAGCCCGCUAAGGCCACGCCCCCACGCAACUGGAAAAGAAAGGGUCGAAGCCGGCGACGUACAUGCGCAGUGCGCAGCAGUGAAGCCCAGAGGCGGUGGAAAAGUGUUUACUUCCCUUUCGCCUUCUGAGCGGGCUGCUCUCAUCACCAAUCAGGCGCCGCUGCCAUGUGUUGCGCAUGCGCAGUGGGAGUAGCGGGUUGGCGGGCGUGCAAGCAGUGGCUACUGCUGCGUGAGGUAGGAGGCUCCUGGGCCGCGGGAACUGAGAGCCAUGCCGCGGGAGAUCAUCACCUUGCAACUGGGCCAGUGCGGCAACCAGAUUGGGUUUGAGUUCUGGAAACAGCUCUGCGCUGAGCAUGGCAUCAGCCCGGAGGGCAUCGUGGAGGAAUUUGCCACUGAGGGCACAGACCGAAAGGACGUCUUUUUCUAUCAGGCAGAUGAUGAACACUACAUCCCAAGGGCUGUGCUGCUUGACCUGGAGCCUCGAGUGAUUCACUCCAUUCUCAACUCUCCCUAUGCCAAGCUCUAUAAUCCUGAGAACAUCUACCUGUCUGAGCAUGGUGGAGGAGCUGGUAACAACUGGGCCAGUGGCUUCUCACAGGGGGAAAAGAUUCAUGAAGACAUCUUUGACAUCAUAGACCGGGAGGCAGAUGGCAGUGACAGCCUAGAGGGCUUUGUCCUGUGUCAUUCUAUUGCUGGGGGAACAGGCUCCGGCCUGGGCUCUUACCUUCUGGAGCGUCUGAAUGAUAGAUACCCCAAGAAGCUAGUGCAGACAUACUCAGUAUUUCCCAACCAGGAUGAGAUGAGCGACGUUGUUGUACAGCCAUAUAAUUCACUGCUCACCCUCAAGCGGCUGACACAGAAUGCAGAUUGUGUGGUUGUGCUGGACAACACAGCUCUGAAUAGGAUUGCUACAGACAGACUGCACAUCCAGAACCCAUCCUUCUCUCAGAUCAACCAGCUGGUGUCCACCAUCAUGUCAGCCAGCACCACCACCCUCCGCUACCCUGGCUACAUGAACAAUGACCUCAUCGGCCUCAUUGCCUCCCUCAUCCCCACACCCAGGCUCCACUUCCUCAUGACUGGCUAUACCCCUCUCACCACUGACCAGUCGGUGGCCAGCGUGAGGAAGACAACAGUGCUGGAUGUGAUGCGUCGGCUGCUGCAGCCCAAAAAUGUGAUGGUUUCCACAGGCCGAGAUCGCCAGACCAACCAUUGCUACAUUGCCAUCCUUAACAUUAUCCAGGGAGAGGUGGACCCCACCCAGGUCCACAAGAGUUUGCAAAGGAUCCGUGAACGAAAGUUAGCCAACUUUAUCCCUUGGGGCCCAGCAAGCAUCCAGGUGGCACUGUCUCGGAAGUCACCUUACCUGCCAUCUGCCCACCGAGUCAGUGGACUCAUGAUGGCCAACCACACCAGCAUUUCCUCUCUGUUUGAGAGAACAUGCCGCCAGUAUGAUAAACUUCGGAAGCGAGAGGCCUUCCUGGAGCAGUUCCGCAAGGAGGACAUCUUCAAGGAGAACUUCGAUGAGCUGGACACGUCCAGGGAGAUUGUGCAGCAGCUCAUUGACGAGUAUCAUGCUGCCACCAGACCUGACUACAUCUCCUGGGGUACCCAGGAACAGUGACCUGAUUGCUCCAAGGACAGUGGCCUUUAUUUACCUGCCUUACUGCUGUGCCUCUAUGAUAGCCUACCUGGCCAUCUUUCUGCCCCAAGGGCUUUGGAGAUGAAACAUAGGAGAGGCUUCCCUGAUUUUAUUCAUUCACUACAGUGUGUUUACACAUGCACACACCACCCAGGGCAACAGCCCACUGCUCAGGCUUACUACUAUCCCUCUGAUGAGACUUUAUUUCUAAUAAAGCACUGAAUAUAAGAGCUA